AUGGCUACUUCUUCUUCUUCCUCCUCCUCCUCCUCCUCCUCGACUUCAGAGGCUGAUGCCUUGGACCCGGUACUCUUAUGCCCACCUCCAAUGACAGAGACAGAGAUCCCUAUGACGACAAACACCCCUUUGAUAGAACCAGGUGCAGAUGAGCUAGUCGCCGAUUGGACGCAGUGGAUGCGCUGGGACGAGCUCGACACUGAUCAAAUAUUUAAUCCCGUGGAUAUUCCCAAGCUCAACAGCAUCCAGGGCGAGCAUACCAUCGCUGCUCAGCCUGUCGCUGCCCCUACGAAACCUGUCUUCACGUUCCAGGGCAGCUUAUCACCGCCUCAGGUCCAUACAGGCCCGAUCAGCCUAGACUCCAAAACCAUGGAGCUCCAACCUCCCUUCUCCCCUUCGUUUGCCUUCAAUGAUCAGAGCAUGCCGUCAUUCACUCCUCCUCUCUCAUUGAACGUGUCUGUUGAGCAUAGCCCUCCUUCUCACACCCCUUCCAAUUUUCCGCCUACUCCCGUUUCCGCUGGCCCGGGACGGAAAAGAAAAUCUUCUGACGGUGAUGUUAUCCCCGGAACCCUCUCAGGAGCCAGCAUGUCACCCCCCGCAGGCAGGUCUUUACCAUCCAAAAAGAGAUCCCAUAACGUCAUCGAGAAAAGAUAUCGUGCCAACCUCAACGACAAAAUAGCGGAGCUUCGCGACAGUGUGCCGUGUCUGCGGAUUAUGUACAAGCAACGGUUUGGCGGCACAGCCAAGGACGAAGAAGAGGAAGAGGAGACGAUAGCUUCCACAAACAAGCUAAACAAGGCGUCCAUCCUCUCCAAAGCUACAGAAUACAUAAAGCACCUGGAGAUGCGGAAUAAACGUUUAGACGAGGAGAAUAUUGCUUUGAAGAAUCGCCUCCGCCAACUGGAGAAAUCUCAAGAGCAAGGAUUGACAGCCUUUCCACCAAUGCCAAAUCUCGAAUCUUCGCCCGGCGGAUGCACAACAUCCACAGAUUCGGCCACUAGUUCUCCCCCGAGCGUCUUUUCGCAAAACGCUGAAUUUUCACCUGAAGGCUCCCCAAACCCUUUAUACCCCCCGGAGGGGCUACUAAAAGUCCCUGAAUAUUUCAAGCGGCUUCGGCCCUCUGGACCUCAACCGCAUUACGCUGAUUCGUUCAUAUCUCGUCAGGGCCAGCGCUACCAGCCGGGAACCCCUGAUGGCAGCGGAAAACGUGGUGGAUUGGCCAACAAGUUCAUGCUUGGCACUUUAGCCGGCCUCAUGGUUGUUGGAACCUUUGAGAAUCAAAAAGAAGAGUCCGCAGAUCGCGGGCUUCUCAGUGUUCCGGUCCAUCUUGUAGGCCAUGGUUUGCGGUUUGCCCGAAAUCGUAUAUACGCGAUUACAGCAAACUCCUGGCAAGUCAGAGCCCUAGCCCAUUUCGCACUGACGUCUUUUGUGGUCGUUGGCUGUGCAUUCCUCGUCUAUCUUUAUCUGUUUUAUUCAAGGCCCAGCCAUCCCAAGUCGAAAUUGCGGAAGUCCCAAUCAACGAUUGCCAGUGCCACCGAAUUCCGUCGCGAUGCAUGGCUCACGAGCAUCCAAACGGUUGGAGUUCCGCGUCACACAUUUUUCCCUGAAUGGUUUGCGGUGACGUCUCGUUGUCUCGAGUAUUGCUUCCGUUGCCUCCUCGGCUGGAAGUUGUAUUCAAUGCUCACCGGCAUUUCGGAAGACGACGAGAAAGGCCGCGUAAAGGCCUGGGAUAUUGCCUUGGAUGCACAGCUUACUGGUGGUGAUGCAGAAGUCAGCAAGAGCCGAUUGGUCUUGACCAUCUUCGCUGCCGGCACCCUCCCUCGAAGUCUAUCUCGAAUGAUGUUGAAGUCAUUGCACUGUCGGAUUCUGCUUUGGCGCGUUGGAUCCCCUGGCUCCUUUGCAUGCAAGGUCUCAGACCAUAUUGCGGGAUUGCUGGCCAACUACCAAUGGCAGCUUGCACAAGUGAUGCAGAAGAUCAUCCCAAAGGACCAUGAGGAUGCGUUACCAAGCCAUUUGGCGUAUCUACUCGAGUACGACGGCGAGGAUGUUUUCACUGAUGCCAUCGUCCAGAGGGCUUCCAAUAUGAUUUGGAACCGUGCGACGCAGGAAGCAACGGACGGCGAGGACUCGUUGCUAGACGUGGUUGUCGAAGACAGUGCUAUUCGUUCGCCCCUCGAUGCUGUUGCGGCAUGGUGGUCGAGUCGUGCCCUUCAAGAAGCUUUGAUCCAUUCUUUGGAUGUGACUUCCGUGGAUUGUGGCCCCAAACGACGAGAAGCUUUCGAACGAUAUCUGGAAAUGGCACUGAAAUCCGCACCCCCUACCUCUGCCGCAUACACACGAGCGGCUGCCAUCAAAGCUUUAUUCGUCGACGAAGAUAGGGUCGCGAAUAUCAAUUCGGUCUUGGCCGCACUCCCACGGCCAAAGCGAGAGCCGUCUACCAGUGCAACCGUUUUCCUUGAUUCGUCUGUUCCUCCAUCCGUUCGCGACGAAAUAUGCAUUGUUGUACGCUGUGCCAUGAUUGCCGCUAUCUUGCGGGGUCAAGUCGGGGGUCAGGACGCUACUUCCUCGACGCUUUCCUUGAAUAAUGCCAUUGAACUAUUCAACAGGUUACCCAUUGAUGCCGUCGAACUAACAUUCAUGGGGUUCGCGGCGCUUUAUCAUUUACUUCAUAUCGUUUCGAUGGAUGAGAGGUUAAUACCGUCUUCGUCUCUCACCUCCUCCGUUUGCUCGUCACAUUCUGAUGGCAUCUCUCUUUCCGGGUCGAAUACCCAACAUUCAGCAGACGGGAUUACACUAUGUCCACUUCCUGAACUAGGUCGAAUUGCGUCUGGGCUUAGAUACUGGGUCCAGAACGCCUACAAUCCUAUCUCCUCGGGUUUCACGGACAGCCUUGUGGAAAAGGUUGUUGAAGGCUGUGCGGAUGCGUGUCGGAAUGCUGGCUUCGAUAUUGACGAGCAAAAAACCGAUACAAAGCAUGAGAGGCGGACUAGUGAUGUAUCCACUUUGUCCUCGUCUUCGUUCUCGCCGGAAGAAAUUGCGAAAGAUGCGAUUACACCUAACGAUGGCGUGGUUCAACCAAGUGAGACCAAAACCCGGAGGGAGAGCAUUCGGAGCGAUGACACGGGCUAUGGGAGCUUGGGUCAAGGAGAAAGUUAA